AUGGGGUCAACUUGGUUUGCAUGGCAAUCAAUUGAGAGCCAACUGCUGAUCACACAAGAAGCCAGAGACAACAGGGUGCUUAUGCCGGCUGCUUGGUGGGUUGAAAAUGAUGAAACAAAAGACAUAAUCGGAGAUAGAGAUGAGAAAACUGGAGGGACAUGGUUUGGUUGUUCAAAGCAAGGCCGAGUUGCGUUUCUUGUCGAUGUAACACCUUCUAGCCAUCCCGGAGCCGAGUUGCUUACUGUUAAGUUCUUGAAGGGCAAAAUGACUCCAAAAGAGUUUGCAAAGGAGCUUGAUAUCGACAAAAAUCUGUCUUUGGGACUUACUUUUUACUUUGUUGUGGCUGACAUACAUUCGCAAUCAAUAGUCUACAUCUCUAAAAAGUCUCAAAAUAAGGAAGUCGAUGAGAUUAGAGAUAUUGCUCGUGGUUUUUAUUACAUUGACUCAACCGGAAUCUAUGAUCUCUCAUCCCCUCUGAAUAAACUUCUGGAAGACAAGUACAAUGAAGUAUUCACGAAAUACAAAAACAGAGGAUUAUCGAUGAAGGCUGGCGAGUUGAUGAGUGAUGAUCAAGUCAUGGUACGUGAAGGUAAAGGAGAAUGUGGUACUAGCAAAACUGGUCAAAAGGGAUUCAAUGAAGCAUCAACAAUGUUGGAGGUGAAGCACACUGGGAAAGCAAAUUUCUAUGAGAUAUACUUCGAGAAUAAUAAACGUAUAGACCGUCAGUUCAAUUUCGACAUCGAGGCAACAAAACCGGCGGUUUGGGAUGAAGAUAAGAAGAUAUUGAGAGGUCAGCCUGACAAUAACUUUGGGACAUGGUUUGGUAUUUCUACAAAAGGCAAAGUUGCUUUUCUUGUGGAUCCAUCGGUCUCUAACAAUCUUAGCCCUUCCGACUUGCGUCCUGUUGAUUUCUUGCGGGGAGAAAUGAGUCCAUGGGACUAUGCAAAGCAAUUGUCUGAAGAUUCUGCAUUUGGAGAAACGAUUAAUAAAGGAUUGGUAUAUGACAUAAUUGUGGCAGAUAUAAAUACAAACUCAAUGUUUUAUAUCGCCAAAAAAAAUGCAAAGGAAAUGCAUGUUAAUUAUGAAGAGGUUGAUUUUGGUGUGCAUACCCUUUCUUCUGUCCUCGGACUCGAUAUCAAAUUUCCCAAGGAGUUGAGUAUGAAAGACCUUUUCAAUGAGAUGAUUGGUAAUAAUAGAAUCGAACAAGUACAACAAAUGAAGCAGAUGGCUGAGAAGUUUGUGGAUGAUCCAAAGAAAGCUGACAAAACGGGAGCAUCUUCUUCUUUCGACAUAUUCGGAGACGAAGACCGCUAUAAAACAAUGAGUACAACAGCAUUGGUUGUGAAACCCAAUAAGGAAGUAAUGUUCUAUGAGAGGUAUUUCGAGAAUGGCAAAUGGCAAGAGCAAGACUUCCCUUUCAAGAUCGAGUAG